ACUCUUGCACAUCCCCUCUCGCGCACUCGGCUGCAGCGCCGCUUCUCGUUACACCUCCGGUGCGCUUUAUGUUUUUUUUUUUAACCAUGUUUUAAAGAAUAUCUCUGUUUUCUCUUUCUCUCCGGAGUGGACUCCUCUUCCUCGGGAGAUGCUCGGGUUGUGUGGGAUGGGUGUUUUUUCUUCGUCCUGUGCGGAGCUACAUGCUGCACGUUCGGCUAAUAACUAGCACGCGCUGCUAAGAUCAGAGCGGAGCCGCCUCGCGCAGCAGCGCGUCAGUGUACCGACACCGUUUACCUCCUUCCUCCUCCAUCGCCUCCUCCUCAUCAUCAUCUUCCUCGUCUCCCACCGUCCUCUCGGCCCGGGCUCGGUAGGAUGGAAGCCCUGGCCGGAAGCUUGUUUGCGGUCCGGAGCUCGUGACACAUCUAGAAAAUCAUUAUUUUUUUUUCAAUUAUUUUUUUCCACCAAAACAUGCCGCUGAAAUGGAAAAGCGCUUCUCCCGUCAGCUGGAAAUUCCCCGUGCCUGUCCUUAAAACCUCCCGGUCCUCUCCGUUGUCACCGGCUUACAUAUCCCUGGUGGAGGAUGAUGAUGCGCAUAUGAAGGUGUCUCUUGGCUGUGGUGAGAUGGGGCUCUCCGCCCACCUGCAGGCAUCCAAGACGGGCAACACCCGCUUCUUCACCAGUAACACACACAGCUCCGUCGUCCUACAAGGUUUUGACCAGUUGAGGAUAGAGGGGCUGCUGUGCGAUGUGACAUUGGUGGCCGGCGACGGCGACGAGGCGUUUCCUGUCCACCGAGCCAUGAUGGCGUCAUCCAGCGACUAUUUCAAAGCCAUGUUCACAGGUGGGAUGAAGGAACAGGACCUGAUGUGCAUCAAGCUGCACGGCGUGAACCGCAUCGGCCUGAAGAAGAUCAUCGACUUCAUCUACACCGCCAAGCUCUCGCUCAACAUGGAGAACCUGCAGGACACCCUGGAGGCAGCCAGCUUCCUGCAGAUCCUCCCGGUGCUCGACUUCUGCAAAGUGUUCCUCAUCUCCGGGGUUUCUCUGGAGAACUGCGUGGAGGUGGGGCGCAUCGCUAGUGCGUACAAUCUGGCCGAGGUGGACAAAUACGUGAACAACUUCAUCCUGAAGAACUUCCCGGCGAUCCUGGGGACGGGCGAGUUUGUGAAGCUUCCUGUGGAGAGACUAGCCUUCGCUCUGUCCUCUAACGGUCUGCGGCGCUGCAGCGAGCUGGAGCUGUUUAAAGCAGCAUGUCGCUGGUUGCGGGCGGAGGAUGGGCGCAUGGAGCAUGCUGCGCGUCUCAUGCGCAACGUCCGCUUCCCGCUGAUGAGCCCGAGCGAGCUCAUCAACCACGUACAGACGGUGGACUUCAUGCGCACGGACAACGCGUGCGUCAACCUGCUGCUGGAGGCCAGCAACUACCAGAUGAUGCCCUACAUGCAGCCGGUGAUGCAGUCCGAGCGCACGGCUAUCCGCUCCGACAGCGCACACUUAGUGACUCUGGGUGGCGUCCUGCGCCAGCAGCUGGUCGUCAGUAAGGAGCUGCGUCUGUUCGAUGAGAAGGCACAUGAGUGGCGUGCGCUGGCGCCAAUGGACGCACCUCGCUACCAGCACGGCAUCGCAGUCAUCGGCAACUUCCUGUACGUCGUCGGAGGACAGAGCAACUACGACACCAAAGGGAAGACCGCAGUGGACACGGCCUUCCGCUACGACCCGCGCUACAACCGCUGGAUACAGGUGGCCUGCCUCAACGAGAAGAGGACCUUCUUCCAUCUGAGCGCGCUCAAAGGCCACCUGUACGCCGUGGGAGGCAGGAACGCUGCUGGAGAGCUUGCGACGGUGGAAUGUUAUAACCCCAGGACGAAUGAGUGGACGUAUGUAGCCAAGAUGAAUGAGCCGCACUAUGGCCACGCAGGAACAGUGUACGGCGGUUACAUGUACAUUUCCGGCGGGAUCACGCACGACACCUUCCAGAAGGAGCUGAUGUGCUUCGACCCGGAGGCUGACCGGUGGACGCAGAAGGCGCCCAUGACGACGGUGCGUGGGCUGCACUGCAUGUGCACAGUAGGCGACCGGCUCUACGUGAUCGGCGGCAAUCACUUCCGGGGCACCAGUGACUACGACGACGUCCUGAGCUGCGAGUACUACAGCCCGGCGCUGGACGUGUGGACGGGCAUCGCGGCCAUGCUGCGUGGUCAGAGCGACGUGGGCGUGGCCGUCUUCGACAACAAGAUAUACGUGGUGGGCGGCUACUCGUGGAACAACCGCUGCAUGGUGGAGAUCGUGCAGAAGUACGACCCAGACAAGGACGAGUGGCACAAAGUCUUCGACCUGCCUGAGUCGCUGGGUGGGAUCCGGGCAUGCACGCUGACUGUCUACCCUCCGGACGAGCUGGCGCUGGCGGGGUCACCCAGCCGGGAGUCGCCCCUGUCGGCCCCUUGAAAACGGAGGGGGGGAGAGAUGGAAAGAGAGAGAGAAAUGACGCUGCAGCACAGACACGCAGACGACUCGAGGGACACGGCGCGGUUCGCUUCGCUCGGUUCGCAUCUCUCCCUCCGUGGGUUCCCUUUCUUUUUUCUCUUCUCCCUCUCUCUUCCUCUCACACUUUCUCUCUCCGGGAAAAAAAAAGACAGACAAUGUUUGCACUUCGGCCCCGCCCCCAAUUUUACUCCGUGGUGAAGCCCCUCCCUCCCUUCUGCAAUCUACGCUGAAGAACCCUCAUUCCCCCAUCCCUUUAUCCUUUACCCCCUCCCCCCAUCCCCCCCUUCUUAUUUUUUGAGAAAGGAAAAAUUGGGACACACCUCCUCGGUUGGGCAACCUAAUUAUAUCUUGAUGUUACUUUGUUUUUGUUUUUUUAUUGUUAUUAUUAUUAUUAUUAUUUGUUUUUACUCCUCACCUUAUUUGGCAGGAAUAAUCUUGACUUGAAAAAAACAAAAAAGGAAAAAAAAAAAAAGAGUGACUUUGCAAUUCAACUUUUCUACCUGACGCCUCUGGAGUUUUCAGUAUGCUGGUUUUCGUCGUUCUCUCCACGAUCCCCAGAGUCCUUACACUACAGCACACGGCAUCACCUCCCUCCCCCCUACCUCCCUCCAUUUCCACAGUCUCGCUCUUUUUCUUUUCUUUUGUCCUUCUUUCUGUUUGUUUCACUUUCUUGUCAUUCAUUCUUCAUCUCUCUCUCUCUCUCACUCUUGCUCUCGCUCUUGCUCUGUGUCCUCCACUUUAGGGGGUUAGUUGACCUUUGACUUCAGGAAGAGGAAACAGAUUUCAACUCAGGGGCUGGCCUGCCCCCCCCAUACCCCCAACACCCCAACACCCCCCCCCUCAAAAAAAUGACAUUUCAUCACUUUGUUCCUGCUGUUGUUAUGAACCGUUAAGAAAAAUGGU